AUGUUGCUUACAGGAGUCUUGUGCCUUUUGUUAGCAUCUAACGCUGGCGCAUCACCACUAUCCAGAAGCUAUCACGACGUGAAAACUGCCGCUUCCGUCGCUCGUACUUUAGUUCACAGAGAAAGUUUAACUCAACUGAACUCAAUCUACCAAUCAGGGGACCUCGAGGGAGUACCUGUCUCCUUUGUAGAAUACUAUACAGAUUGCUUCAACGAUGGUAAUCCACUGAUGCUUCUGGUUGACAUUUCCACUUCACAAAAGAACAUUGCUGAAGGUUCACCCUACUCUCUCUCAAUCAAGGUGGGGGAUCAUCAGUUAACUGAUAAGAAAGUGAAUGGGAAGUACCCAGGGGAGACUUUCAAAUCAACUGCAGGUUCCCCUCGAGUAUCUAUCACCGGGGAGUUGCAUGACGUAACUGAACAAGUUUCGCACAAUAUUUCGGUUACCAAAUGCUUCGUUGAAAGACACCACGAUUCCCUGUUUUGGAUACCAGGUAAAGAGGUAGCUCAUUCCUCCAAGUGGUGGAAGUUUAAUGUGGAUUCCGUUUAUUUUGUGGGAGGAUUUGGUAACAUGGCCUAUAUUGGAAAAAUACCAUUGCAAGAGUACUUAUCUGCUCCCUUGUUGGAUGAGGAAGAGUAUUUGCAAAAGUUGGAUUAUUAUAUGCAUUCAAAUUGGGAGAAAGUGGUAGCUAAUAACCCCAACCAUUCUCCAGAAUAUAUCAAAAAUUUCAAAUCUCAUAGUUCCCCACAAAAAGUAUUUGGAAAUUAUCACAACAGGGUUGGCCACGUCCAGUAUCACGAAAUAGACGGAUACUCGAAGGAGGAUGUCAGCUACCUUGCAGCUCACCACUCUGAGAAAACCAUGAAACAACUUCACGAUCGAAAGCCAUCCUCUUAUCAUGGUCGCCAUGAAAACAAAGAUGGAGAUCGCAACUUGAAGAAUAAGAUGCAGAGAUGUGGAGCACCACCUGAAGAUGGUGGGUCGAUUGAAAGACAUAUUCCCAUUAAGUCUCUGCAAACAGAUUCAAACAAAUUGGGACUUUUCAAAGAGUUUUUCCAGAAGGCAGCACGUCUUUUUUGA